UUCUCAGUGAGUCGCAGCGCAGCGCGUGCCCGAACGCGUUUUGUUUUCCAAAUUCGUUGUCUAGUAUUUAAUAGUGUAUUGUUGCUGUGUGUCGUCUCGGUAUAUAGAAGAGAUUAAACGGCUAACGAAAUCUUAUCAGUGUGUUAUCGCUUCUGCCGACCAACUAUAAGAUACGAGCCAGACGCUAGUAAAUGAUCAGUAUAGACGCGGACAUCAGCGAAUCAUGACAGAGAAUCGAAACACGAUAAUGGGCUGCAGCUUGGGCGGUCUGCUGCUCGCCCUCCUGGCCCUGCACUCCCUGCCCCAGAGCACCGAGGGAUCCAACAUUCUGGGAGUGUUCACCAGUCACAGCCCAUCGCAUUUCAUAGUGCACAUGUCCAUUAUGAAGUCGCUGGCCGAGAAGGGACACAAUAUCACGGUGGUGUCAUCGUUGCCGCCAAAGGUGACGCACAAGAGCAUCAAGCACAUUGUCAUCCCAUUGACUGCCGAGGAGGAGAAGACGAUCCACGGGGGCAUGGUGGAUAUGGUCAAGCAGAAGCCCUCCAUUUGGGUCACCAUGAAAUCGAUUUUCAGUUCACUUUCCCUGCUUAUACACAAGCAGGUGGAAACGCUGGAGGACAAGCGUUUCACGGAUCUCUACAAAAACAAGGAAAACAAAUUCGAUGUUCUCUUUGUGGGCUUCUUCUUCAAUACGUAUCAGGUGGGACUGGGCGCCAAGUUCAAUUGUCCCAUUAUUGUAUCGUGGAUGGGUCCGCCCAUGAAUAUGGUCAAUGACAUUAUUGGAAAUCCGGAGCUCUCCAGUGUCCCCCAAAUGCAAAUAUCCGUUGCAGCAGGAAAGCCCAUGAACUUCCAGCAGCGUGUGGCGAAUUUCUUCAGCUCUAACGGGUUCAAAUUGCUAGGCAAAAUCCUUGACUUCCGAUAUAAGGGCUUCUAUGAACGCCUUUGGGGCGAUGACAAGAGCAUGCCCAGCCUCGAGAAGGCAAUGAAGAACGUCUCCUUGGUCUUCUGCAACAGUCAUGGAAUCAGCGAGGGUCCCAUCCGCCCGAAUGUGCCGGCCGUCAUCGAAAUCGGUGGCAUCCAAGUGAAGAGCAAGGCAGAUGCCCUGCCAGAAGAUAUCAAGGAGUUCAUGGAUAAUGCCAAAAAUGGCGCCAUUCUGUUCAGUCUUGGCUCGAAUCUCAAGGGCGAGUUCUUCCAGCCAGAGGUGGUCUCGACCAUCUUCAAGACUCUGUCCAGUCUGAAGCAGCAGGUGAUCUGGAAGUGGGACGAUCCGAAGAACACACCCGGCAAGUCUGCCAACAUACUGUACAAGAAGUGGCUGCCCCAGGAUGAUAUCCUGGCCCAUCCGAAGCUCAAGCUCUUCAUCACGCAUGCGGGCAAGGGUGGCGUGGCCGAGGCCCAGUACCAUGGAGUCCCAAUGCUGGCCCUGCCCGUCUUCGCCGAUCAGCCGGGAAAUGCGGACAAGAUAGAGGAGAACGGCUAUGGUUUGCGCUUGGAACUCACCUCCCUCGAUGUGAAGGAGUUCAAGGAGGCCAUCGAUGAGAUUAUCAGCAAUCCAAAGUAUGCCAGGAAUGUGAAGAACUUCUCCAAAUUGUAUCGCGAUCGUCCGCAGACAGCCCAGGAAUUGGUUGUCUACUGGACGGAGUAUGUGAUCCGUCACCAUGGUGCUCCUCACAUGCAGAGUCCUCUGGUCCACAUGGGCAUUGUCGCUAGCAACAAUCUGGAUAUUUAUGUCCUCGCGGCCCUGGCACUAUAUCUGAUCUUCCUCAUCAACAAGGUGGUGUGGAAGUUUUUGUGGAGGAAAUGUACCGGCAAAUCGAAGAAAUCGACACAGAACAAGAAGGUUAAAAAGCAAUAAGUUGAUACUGAUAGAAUACUAAGAAUUUUUAUUUUUUUUAAAUCCAAUUAAAAACCUAUAUAAAAGCGAAAAAAACGACAAAUAAAUUUA